CCCAUCACCUACCUUUCCUCCUGUGGCUACGUUUUCAAUCUCUUUAUGUCUCCUAUCUGUUUCCCACUCUCCUUGAUUCGACUGCCACGUGCUGUGGGGGUUUAAUAAUGGUGGCAGGGCAGUGUCAGUUGCCAGCGCUGGAGUCUGGUCUGUUAGUGAGACAAGGCAUACGAGUUGUCUCAUAGCGAGAGAUCUGUGGUUGUUUGGAGGAGCGGAGCACAGCAGAGGAGAUCUCUGAUCAGUUAUGGGAAGGUCCGUUGUUUUGUCUGUGUUUGUCGUGGCAGUUUUUGUGUUUGGUACAUAUUUUGUGUUUGCCAAAGAAAUUGGUGAUCAAGUAUUGGUAGGGCAGGAUGAGAUUCAGUUUCAGGUCCUGGACGUUGAAGCAGCCUUGAAGGGAACGUCCCAGAGGCGUGACUCUCAGGCCUCCAUAUACAAUAGAAAGGAUGAAUGGAAGCACAGCGUUGUGGAAGGAGAAGAAGCAGAGGAAGCGGAAGAAGAAGAGGAAGACGAAGCGGAAGACAGUUCCAGUUUUGUGGUUGAGCUUGUGCACAGAGAUUCCAUAAGCAACGACAGCGGCAGCAACAGCAACAGCACAGCGAAGGAGAGAUUGGAGCAGAGGCUGAAGCGUGACUGUGCGCGGGUGAAAUCCAUUAAUGCGCUGGUGGAUGCGGUCACGGGUCUGAAUGCGAGCAAGGUGGAGAAGAAAGUGGGGAAAAGUGACUUCAGCAGCUCCAUAAUAUCAGGGCUGAGUCUGGGCAGCGGAGAGUACUUCACAAGGGUAGGAGUGGGGAGUCCGCCGCGGUACAGCUACAUGGUGUUGGACACGGGCAGUGAUAUUGUAUGGCUUCAGUGCAAGCCCUGCACCCGGUGUUACCAGCAGAAAGAUCCGGUCUUUAACCCUGCAACUUCCUCAACUUACAGGAAAGUAGCCUGUGGGGCGCCUCUGUGCAAGAGGCUGGACACCAGUGGGUGCAGCAGCAACAACCGGUAUUGUGAAUACCAGGUCUCCUAUGGUGAUGGGUCCUUCACGGUGGGGGAUUUGGUGAGAGAAACGAUGACAUUUAGGGGAGCAAAGGUGGGGGAUGUGGCGCUAGGGUGUGGGCAUGACAAUGAGGGCCUUUUCAUUGGGGCAGCUGGGCUGCUUGGUCUGGGUCGUGGUGGCCUCUCUUUCCCUUCUCAGACCGCAUCUCGCUUCGCUAACAAAUUCUCCUACUGUUUGGUGGACAGGGACAAUACAGGAAGCAGCAGUUUUCUCAUGUUUGGCCUCUCUGCGCUACCCAGAUCGGCAUUUUAUACACCGCUUUUGAGCAAUCCAAAGUUUAACACCUUCUAUUAUGUGCAGCUGAGCGGUAUAAGUGUUGGGGGAAGGCGGCUGAGCUCCAUUCCGGCGUCUGUGUUUCGGCCUGAUGUGAGCGGAAAUGGGGGGGUUAUUAUUGAUUCGGGGACUUCCGUGACGCGGUUGGUUCAGUCUGCGUAUGAGAGCAUGCGGGAUGCUUUCAGAGCAGGGACGAAAAGCCUUAAGAGCGCCGCUGGGUUUUCUCUGUUUGAUACCUGCUAUGAUUUGUCAGGCCUCACCACAGUCAAGGUGCCAACGCUGGUCUUCCAUUUCGACAGGGGGGCCCAUUUGUCUCUGCCUGCAAACAACUAUCUCAUUCCUGUUGAUAGUUCGGGGGUUUUCUGCUUUGCAUUUGCAGGUACCACGGGCGGCCUCUCCAUUAUUGGAAAUAUUCAGCAGCAGGGAUUCCGAGUGGCUUUUGACAUGCAAUCCAACCGUGUUGGGUUUGCUGCCGGCUCAUGCUCCUGAACAAUUUCAACUCUUAUCCAUCUUUUAUUAGUAGACCUAAUGAAGAAUGUGUUUUUGGGGAUCUACGUACAUUUCUUUAUGUAUCUCUUCUCCAUGCCCAUUUUUUUUAAUUCUAUUUUUCAGUAUUAGUAUAUGAAUAUUAAAAAUCAAGCAUACUGAAAGUGCUUUUCAGUAUUCCAAACA